AUGUCAUCUCAAAACCAAGUCGCGAAGCGUCUCCAAACGGAGCUUAUGCAGCUCAUGAUGGACCCCAUCUCUGGCGUCAGUGCCUUUCCCGACGGUGACGACCUCACCAACUGGAAAGGCACGGUGGAGGGUGCCGACAACGGCGUUUACGCCGACAUGCAGUUCACCCUUUCAAUGGCCUUUCCUCAAAAUUAUCCAAUGGCUCCACCGACUGUCAAAUUUGAAACGCCUAUCUUUCACCCCAACAUCGACAUGAGUGGCAACAUCUGCCUUGACAUCCUCAAAGACAAGUGGAGCGCCACAUACACCGUCACCACUCUCCUUCUUUCCAUCCAAGGGCUUCUCGAGACCCCUAACAAUGACUCCCCUCUUAACAAUCAGGCUGCAGAACUCUGGCACAACAAAGGCGAGUUCCUGGUAUUGGCCAAGCGGAGGUACGCCAACCUGCCUAUCAACUAA